AUGACGAACAGUGGAGACAAGAUCCACUCGGAGGACUUCGUGCAGUUCAUGAGCUUUGCUGGAGCCUUCAUGCGCUCCAUUGAGCACAAACGAGAAGACCGUAUUCUCUGCGAUCCGUUUGCAGAGCCCCUCACACGUCAGAUCGCGCCACAGCUCGGACCUCGAAUGAAAAAGUGGACCGAGAGCCUUCCGCAGCCAGAAAACUACUUCUCCAUCCGAACGCGCUAUCUGGACGAAGCGAUUUCUCAACGAGCCGCUAGUAUUCGUCAGGUUGUGCUCUUUCGAGCUGGCCUAGACACGAGGGCGUAUCGAUUGGAGUCUCUACGGAACUGUCGAGUGUUCGAAGUAGACCAAAAUUUCGCAUUAUUUGAGCACAAAGUCAGCGUUCUAAACGUCACGAACGCCCCACUUAUACCUGACCAACACGAGAUUGUCGUGGCUGAUGUAAACGACUUCAACUGGGAGGAAAGACUGCUAUCUGCUGGUUUUGACUCAAACCUUCCUACGUUCUGGGCGCUGGAAGGCCAGACGAUGUACUUGGACCGAUCGAGUAAUGUGGCGUUGCUCAAGACUAUCGACGUUUUAUCAGCUUCGGAUAGUGAGAUUUGGGGCGAUAUCGGAGGUCAAGCGCUGCAGGAAGGCGCAAUUGCAGCGAUUAAACAAGUGGACGAACUCAGCCAGACUGAGCUAGGCACUCAUCUAUUUAAACUGGGCGAAGACGACGCUAUGCAUGGCGUGUUCAGUCAGUUGCCGUGGGAACUUGAGCUGCAGGCAAAUUUGGGGUUUGUAUUUUCAUAA